AUGGACCGCGCCGAUCCCGCGCGGGGCCGCCUCGCCGUGCUCUCCUCCCACCUCCUCGCCGCCGGCGCGGACCCCGCGGCCGCGCUGGGGAGGUCGCCGGCGUCGGCCGCGGCCCCGGGGGCCCGCGCCGGCGUGCUCGCCGUGGUGGACUCGAGGACCGGGAAGCGGUACGAGGUCAAGGUUUCGGAGGACGGCACCGUCCGCGCCACAGACUUCAAGAAGAUUACCACUGGGAAAGAUGACAAGGGUCUUAAGACUUACGAUCCUGGUUAUCUCAACACUGCCCCUGUGCGUUCUUCCAUCUGCUACAUUGAUGGGGAUGAGGGAAUUCUUCGCUACAGGGGUUAUCCAAUUGAGGAGGUGGCCGAAAGCAGUUCGUUUGUUGAGGUCGCCUACCUCUUAAUGUACGGGAACUUGCCCACUCAGAGUCAACUGGCAGGCUGGGAAUUUGCAAUUUCACAGCACUCUGCUGUUCCUCAAGGACUCUUGGAUAUCAUACAAUCAAUGCCUCACGAUGCCCACCCCAUGGGUGUCCUUGCCAGUGCAAUGAGCACACUUUCUGUCUUCCACCCAGAUGCAAACCCUGCCCUUAGAGGGCAAGAUCUGUACAACUCAAAGCAGGUUAGGGAUAAGCAAAUUGUGCGAGUUCUUGGGAAGGCACCAGCAAUAGCAGCUGCAGCCUACCUGAGACUAGCAGGAAGGCCUGCUGUCCUUCCUUCAAAUAAUCUUUCUUAUUCAGAGAAUUUCUUGUAUAUGCUAGACUCUUUGGGUAACAAAGAAUAUAAGCCAAAUCCCCGACUUGCACGGGUUCUAGAUAUCCUUUUUAUUCUCCAUGCUGAACACGAAAUGAACUGCUCAACAGCUGCUGUUAGGCACCUUGCUUCAAGUGGUGUCGAUGUCUUCACUGCUCUUUCUGGCGCUGUUGGAGCUCUAUAUGGUCCACUGCAUGGUGGCGCAAAUGAGGCGGUACUUAAAAUGUUGAAUGAGAUUGGAGCUGUGGAGAAUAUUCCAGAUUUCAUUGAGGGAGUGAAGAACAGGAAACGGAAAAUGUCAGGUUUUGGGCACCGUGUGUAUAAGAAUUAUGAUCCUCGUGCUAAAGUCAUCCGAAAGUUAGCAGAGGAGGUUUUCUCUAUUGUUGGACGGGAUCCUCUUAUCGAGGUUGCUGUUGCUUUGGAGAAGGCAGCACUGUCAGACGAUUAUUUUAUCAAGAGGAAGCUGUAUCCAAAUGUGGAUUUUUACUCAGGCCUGAUUUACAGAGCGAUGGGAUUCCCUACAGAAUUUUUCCCUGUGUUAUUUGCAAUUCCUCGCAUGGCUGGUUGGCUAGCACAUUGGAAGGAGUCACUUGAUGACCCUGACAAUAAAAUUAUGAGGCCUCAACAGGUAUACACGGGCGUUUGGCUGAGGCACUACACCCCUGUGAGGGAACGAGUGGCAUCUAACCAGGGCGAGGAGCUCGGUCAGAUCGCUGCAUCAAACGCAACGAGGCGUCGCCGUGCUGGUUCUUCCCUGUAG